AUGCAGCGCAAGAAGCGUCGGCAGCUGGCAUGCGCGACCCCCGCCUUAGGACAACAAUGGUGGCUGCGCGGCCAUUGUUCGCCCCGUCGGUCGCGAAUGGGCCCUGGAAUCGAAGAGAACCGCGGCGGUCAUAGCUUCAGGCGUGCACGAAGAUCACGCACGCCAGAUCCGCGUGGGCGCGUGCGGCGCCGCAUCAGCGCGCGACACACGUCGGGAGGGCCCAUAUUCAACCCAAGUGCAGCUGCGCGGGACGCGGCGCGCGUGCCCGUCGAGAAGGGACAGGCUCGUGGACUCGAAGUGAAAUCGACGGACGCGUGUGGCUUGGUGUCACCGGGUAGCUACUUGGAGCACACAGGUGGACAUGAUUCGAGCGAGACGAACAAGACACACGGGGGAGUAUCCCAUCACGGUGGCUACGGCGAGGGUCCUCCCAACCACCGGCCGAAAGCGAAGGAAGCAAACAAACGCACGAUCGGCGGUGAUGGAGACACCAUACGGCUAGACGCUGCGGUGGUAAUCCACACCUAUUGCCAAUGCGCGGGCUCCACAAGGGAAUUUUUCUCGCGCAUCCCACGAUGCGUCCACGCCGGCGGCACGUCAGAGAUCACACAAAUGCAUCAUUCUCCGUCAUGUCGACGUAUGGGCUUGUUGACAGCACGAUCGAGUUACUCAGCCCCAACUGCCCGUUCGCGCGGGGGAUGCACCGUGCAGGUCGCAGUGCUGCGUCUGUUACCAAUACGCGGGGAGCAGUCAGCGGUUGUCAUGAAUCAUGCAAACGACCUCGGCGGCACGCGCGACGCAGCAGUCGGCGUGACGCACGCGUCGGCGUCACUGCUCACGCUCACACCAUACCGGAGUCCUAUGACGUCACGCGGCAGCCUGCCUAAAAGAGCACGCCGGCCGACAUUUUGGGGGUGCCUCGCGCGAGUGGCCGCCCUCCCUUCCCUCCCGAGUCAUGCCGCCGAAAGUGGGAAUGGCGCGAGAAGGAUUUGCAUCGACCCACCUCCGCCCGCGCGACGGGGGACUGGCACACGGGUGAGAAUGGCGCGACCGAUCGCGGGUGGCAUGAUCAUCUGCGAAUAUCUGGGCAUCAUUGCGGCGGGCAUGAUGUCAGCGACGGUACUUGCGCAGGAGCGUCUGUUUCGCAAGCACUCCAGCGUGUAUUUCUCGCUCAAGGCGCCAGCGGCAUGGGUCAGAGGCGUGACAGACGUCGACAGGCUGGGAUCACCGUCGCCGAGAAUGAAAGAUGCGCGCGUGGUAUCGCGUCGGUGA